GCCGCAAUUGUGCCCACCAAGGAGCGCCUUCGCUCCACCACGGAGUCCAGUGGACUCACAGUCAGUCCACCGUGGCCGCCACCAUCUCGACGGAUAGAUGAUUAUCCGCCUAGGGUGGUUGCAUCGUUGCCGUGCGUAAGGUUGACUCGGAUUAUCUGUUCGCUGGGGUCCACUCGCUCUUGUGAGCUAUUCGAGGGCGACUCCCUUCCUGAUCCAAGACAAGACGCCUGGAAGUCAACACUUCUAAAUCAGUCGGCCAGACAUGACUGCCAAGAGCUCCAAGGCCUCCAAGAGUCGACUGUACCUCUGGAUCGCGUACAACAUCGUGCUCUAUGCUGUCAUCGUGGUCUCCGGCGCCAUUCUGUUCAUGGUCAUGGUGGGCAUGGUCAAGGUCGGCGACGGCGACAAGGACGUCAAGGACGACUGGAUCGAAGUCAACUCGCAGAUUCUCAAUGGCGUCUUCACGUGGAUGGCCAUAACCAACCACCCCUUCUUCCUCUACCGUUUAAUCAAGACGCUGCAAGUUUUGGGUAUCCGCCGAUGGAAUUGGGUCCCUGAAAUGGACAAGCGCGUACGAGCGGCUCGGUACUUGAGCCGCCAUUUCCCGCUCGUAUUCGUCGACACCGAAGCUGUACACGACCACAAACUCGAGAGCGCAGAGGCACAAGACGCUGCAGUCGACGAUGGCGCGGUGUACUUGCUGACGGAACACGAGGAGACGGAGACGCUCGAGGAGAUCACAUACAACCGUGGAGACGCCGAAAAUCUGCGCAAUACGUUCGUCAUGCUUAACUGGAACUGUCUGUUCCAGUACCCGAUCACUGCAGUCAUGUGGGCCUACAACGCUGACACGCGCCCUGGAUUCGUCAUUGCCGCCUUCCUGCCGCUUUCGUUCCUAUGCAACUUUGGAGGCCAAUACCGAAUCUUCAAGCUCAACAAGGACAUCAAGGCGCGACGCAGCGCUCCAGGAGGACAAGCAUAACCUUCUUCUCUAGCAUGUAAAAAUUAAUUUUGAUUUUUUAUACUGGUACCCAAU